AUGUCUUCUACCGCAUCGAGUUCUUCUGGCUCAUCAUGUCGUCUCGUCGAUUCGCAAUCGCCCCCAACACUAGCCACCGACCCAAUAUCCGAAACUGAGAAUCUUCUCGAUCUCGCCUACAGUCCCGAUGAGAUUGUUGGUCCCGCCACGAAAACCACACAUUUUCUCGCCCCGCCGUCUCGAAUGUGUAAAUCAGCCACGUUUCACGAUUUUUGUGAUGAUGAAGAAGUGGAAAAUUCGCUGAACUUGAGAACACUUCCAGAAGAGGAUUUUGAGGAGGAGGAUUCGGAUGAUUAUGAAGAUGCUAAAGAAGAUGAUGAUUCGGAGAUUGUGAUUGUUGAAGAAGAAGAGGAAGAAGAGAUUCCGGAGGAGCGACACUUUGAACAAGAACAUGAUGAUUUUUGUCAGAAACAGAAAAAACAUGAGAAAAGUCGGGAAAUCAAGAAAUCUAGUACUUUUGCAUCGUUUUUGAAUUUGUUUGUGGCGAAAAAGAAGAGGAAUGGAAGAAUUAAUGAUCAACGAUUGAUGAGUCGAAGUAGUUGUAUGCUCAGGCCAAGUGUUUCACUUUGUAAGUAACCAGGAGAUGAGCAAAAGUUAAUUAAAUUUGAGAUUUUAAGAGAAUCCCGGUUUCUUAUAGAUCUAGAAGAAAAUUUUGACCCAAAAAUCUUGAAAAUAAUCAAUUUUUGACUUCUGAAACCCCGAGAUUAUAAAAGAAGUGGAAAAUUGAAAGUUAAUCAGAGUUUGAUGACAGAAAUCCUGAAUUUUCAAGGUUUCUGAGUUCUAGAAUUCGGAAUUGUACGAAAUCAUCAUAAUUUAAACUCUGAAAAUAUAGAAUUUCAGUUUUUCUGGAACGUUUUCGCCAUAAAAUUUGAAUCCUAAACUUCCCCAAAAAAAUUCCCAAAACUUGCCCCAAAAAAAUAUUUUUGCUGAAGUGUUUUCCUGUUUACUCGUUCUCAAAAAAAUUCAAAGUGUCCAUUAAAAAAAAUCCGAGACUAAAAAGACAGCAGUGAACAGAAAAAAAACUAACACCGGAAACUUUGACGUCAGCAAAAGAAACAGAAAAGGAACUUUUGGUUGCUUUUUUGAAGGGGGGAAAACAAAGGAAAUGUGGUUUUAAAGGGACAUGGGAGGUCAGAAAAAUGAGGCAAAAUAAAUAAUUCGAAUUUUCAAAAAUUAAGUUUAAAAAAAUAAUUUUGUUCACAAAAUAAUUAAUGGAUUAAUGUAUAUUUUAAAGGGACAUCAAGGGUCCCACCACGAUUCACCUUUCCCCUUCCAAAAUCCUUUUUUUUCCAGCUGUUGUUCAAGAAUCAAUGAUGCUUGGAUCAGAUGGUGAAUCAGUCGAAGUCUCGCCAUGCACUUCAGAUCAAACACCAACUGGAGUCGUCCCGCCACGAUAUAUAGUCAAUGUGAAAAUGCGACAAAAACCGGCCAGAAAAUGGAGUGAAGAGGAAAUUCAGAAGCGAUUGAGUCUUCCGGCGGACCUGAAAUUGCCGCAAGCGGUUGUUGAUAAAAUGAAUCGGACGCCGACGUUGGAUCAACCGUUGACAAGGAAGAAUCGGAGAGCGUCGUUGGUGAGGAUUUUUGGGAGGGAAAUUGGAAAUUUUGAGAAUUUUUCAUGACAGAAAACUUUUGGAGCCUGAAUUUUAGCAGGAAAAUUUGAAUUUUUGAAUUUGGCCCCAAAAUUUGGGCGGGUAAAUUUGAAUUUUCGAAUUUUUACUUCUGAAAAUCAUAAUUUCUCUGUGAAAACUCAGAUUUCAAAUCGAAAAUUUGAUCGAAAAUCCCAAGUAUUUCGAUAAAAUCAAUGAUUUUGGGGAAUUUUCUGAAAAACGUCCUUUUUUUGUGGCAAAAUGAAUCCACGUGGCAAAUUUUUGAUCUGAAAAUGCAUUUUUGGCUUCAAAAAAUUAAUUUUCAAUUUUUUUCUUAAAAUUUUGCCACGUGGAGUUUUACUCAAUUUCAAAAUUUUUUUUUGAAUUUCCUUUUUUCUCACGAAAUUCAAGUUUUGACUCGAAAAUCAAGACAGUUUCAAAUUUUUCACCAAAAUUUAUCUUGAAAAUUCGAAAAUUCAUUGAGAAUCCCAAAAUUAUAUUUUUGCAGAGCGAAAUCGGUUUCGGCAAACUCGAAACGUACGAAAAACUCGAAAAACUUGGCGAAGGAACCUACGCGACAGUAUUCCGUGGUCGAAGUAUUCUAACCAACAACGUAGUUGCACUCAAAGAAAUCCGGCUCGAACAAGAAGAAGGAGCCCCGUGCACCGCAAUUCGAGAAGUCUCGUUGUUGAGGAAUUUGAGACAUGCAAAUGUUGUAACACUUCAUGAUAUUGUUUAUACCAAUAAUAUGUUGACAUUGGUGAGUUUGGGUGAAAUUUUGAGACUCGUUUUCAGUAAAAUUAAUUUCCGCAAAAAAAUACGUUUCAAAAAUUGAAUUUAAAAUUUUUGCAAUUUUUGACAACUGGUAUUCGACUGGUCAUUAUUGUGAAAUAUCCGGAAAUUUAGAAAAUAUCCUAAAACUCCCAGAAAAUAUAGGAAUGCUCUAAAAGCUCAAAAAAUAGGCUAGAAAUUGGAUAAGCUGUCUCAGAGCCUAAAAACCGGCCCAGAAUUCUAGAAACGUGUCCGAAAUCUCGAAAAGUAGCCUAGAAAUUUAAGAAAAGGGCCUGGUACGUCCGAAAAUUAGCCGAAAAUGGCCUAAAAUUUCGAAAAAUCACAUAAAAGCCUAGAAACUGGCCUAGAAUUUCGAUAAGUUGCCUAGAAAAUUCAAAAGUGGCCUAGAAUCCCGGUAAAUCACAUCAAAUCCUAAAAAAUGGCCUGGAAUCCCGAAAAAUUACAUCGAAGCCUAAAAAAUGGCCUAAAAUCCCAAAAAUGCGUCUAAAAAUCUUCUAAGCUUUUCUUAAUUCUCCUAAAAAUUUUCUAGAACUAUAGAACCCUUAUCCUUAGGUUAUUAAAAAGGAGAAAAUCACCUAAUCUUCAAUUUUCCUGCAGGUUUUCGAAUACGUCGAUCGUGAUCUCAAACAAUACAUGGAUUCGUGCUCAAAUUCAAUGCACAUGUCAAACAUCCGCCUAUUCCUCUAUCAAUUAUUACGCGGUCUCUCCUAUUGUCAUCAACGACGAGUUUUGCAUCGAGAUCUCAAACCCCAGAAUCUCCUCAUCACCGCCAAAGGCGAAUUGAAAUUGGCGGAUUUUGGGUUGGCACGUGCCAAAAGUGUGCCGACGAAAACGUAUUCGAACGAAGUUGUCACUUUGUGGUAUCGACCACCUGAUGUUUUGCUUGGAUCAACUGAUUAUUCGACACAUAUUGAUAUGUGGGGAGUUGGAUGCAUUUUGUUUGAAAUGAUUGCCGGAAGAGCACUUUUCCCUGGAGGAACCACUGAUGAACAAUUGGGAUUGAUUUUUAGGUGAGUUCGGGAGAAGGGGGGGGGGUAGAUUUAAAAAAAAAUUAAAAAUAAAAGUCUGAUUCACGAACGAAAAAAAUGUCCAAAAAUGUUUUUUUAACAUUCAAAGAUCAAUUCACGAAAAGUCGAAAAAACAUUGUUUUUCGAGUUUUUCGAAUUUUUCAGCCAAAAUUAUGACAAAUUAAUAUUUUUCAAGCUUCUGGAGUUAAUUCUGAUUAAAAUUGACUUUGGGAUUCACUUUUCAGAAGUUUUUGCUGAUGUAAAAUAAAAAGUUUUAAAUUUUGAUGAAUAUCAAAAAAAAUUAUAAAAUAACGCAAAAUAGGGUUCUCGAAGCUUAUUUUAAUCAGAAAUUACUCCAGAAACUUGAAACUAUUGAUUUGUCAUCAUUUUUGGCUGAAAAACUCAUUUUUAAACAUUUGUUUCGUUCGUGAAUCAGCCCUAUAAAUUUUCUGGUUGAAAAUAUUGGAGUUUCGAAUUUUCCCCGGUUAUUCAAUGAUUUUUUAUCCAAAAAUUGAGUUUUACAUUAAAAAAUGUUUUUUCUAGCUUCCUUCAAAGUAAGGAAAUUUCUGACUUCAAAAUUAUAGAAAACCUAAAUUUCUGAGAACUCUGGAAGCCUGAAUUUUGAGCCUUGAAAAUUUCGAAUAAUUUUUUUGGGGGUAUCUCUUCUGAAAUUUGGAAAAUUAUCAAUUUUUGAAUCAAACAAAAGUUUACUGUAAAAAGUGAUUUUUAGCUUUCUUUAAGGAAAACUGACCCUAAAACAAUGGAAAACCGAAAUUUCUGAAAGUCAAAAAUUUUCUUUGUGGAAUUUUUCCAAAAAAAAAUCAUUCAUUGUUUGAUUUUUAAUCCAGAAAUAGAAUUUUUCCACAUUUUUCCUUGAAAACUUUUUAUUCGGAAACUAAAAUCUUAGAUUUGUAUUUUUUCAGAAAAGUUGUAGUUUUUGAUGUUUUUUGCAGCUGAAAAUUUUCAGGAAUUGUUUUUGUUUUCCUGAAAAUAUCCAGCUGAAAAUCUGUGAUUACCGAACCUUUUUUUGAAAUUAUGUUCUCAAAAAUCUGAUAAACUACGAUACUCCGCAAUUACACCUCAAAGUUUUGGAAAAAAUUGCAUUUCUUGAAAUUUUAACAACGACACUCCGCAAUUACACAUAUUUUUCAACAAUCACAUAAAUUUAACUUCUUUUUUCUUCUUCAGAACCCUCGGCUCUCCUCGACCUGAUCGUCAUCCAACAAUUUGCGAAAAACCCGCCUUCUACCCAUUCUCUGGUCGAUCCUAUCAACCCGAACCACUUUGUCGACAAAUUCCACGAAUCGACGCGCACGGUUUUGAACUGUUGAUGAAGUUCUUGCAAUACGAGGGAAGAGAUCGCAUUUCGGCACAAGACGCAUUGAAACAUCAAUUUAUGAGAACUAUUGCGGUUAAGGUGAGGAAUUUUGGGGAUUUUUUGAAUUCGGGGGAUUCAGAGCUUCAAUUUGAAACCCAUAUUGCUCAUGUUAUGAUCAUUGGAAAGUUUCGUAAAAAGAGCUCAUUUUGGAGCAUUUUUACAUGAAAAUUUAAAUUUCUAGAUGAAAUUUAGGUUUUUUGAAUCCAAAACUUCCCAGAGCUCUGAAAAAAUCAAAUUUUAGUCCUGGAAUUGUGAAAAUCAAGGGUUUUUAUUUUUAAAAAAAACCUAAUUCUUUUCUAAACAUUGUUGAAGCCGAAAUUCUUACAAAACAGCUUUUUGUGCUCAUUUCGGAGCAUUUUAACAUGAAAAUUCUGUUUUUUUUUCAAAUUUUAGUCCUGAAAUUGUGAAAAAUCAGAGUUUUUUGCUCCAAGAAUUAUCCAAACCCUAAUUUCCUCAAUUUUCCAGUGUUCCCAUCUCCGCGACGAACAAUCAAUAAUGGAAGCGGACGGAAUCCACGUGGAACGCGAAGCCCUCUUCCACCACGACUCAAUCCAUCAUCAUUCUCGAAGUCGCCGCGCGGCAGCCGGAAAAGAUUCGAAAAUGUGCAGAAGUAUGCACAUUUAA